CAACUGGCAGAGACAAUCGUAUUCCCAUUCGUACAGCCAUGAAAUCUGUCACCGAAUCAAUUAGGCGUCGCUUCAGCUGAAGUGUGGCAUUGGGAGUAACUAGCACAGACCAGACUGGACAUCAAGCCCAGUCCGAUUGCUGAUUCAGUUGCAUUCCCGUUCUCCGAACUGUGACGUUCAGAGACGCAAACAAUGCUGUUUCUGGUGCUGUUAUGGUUGGUGCUACCCAUGCCGAUUCCCUCCGAGGCGGCCAAUGAUCCGCCCAAGCCGCAUAUAAUCUUCAUUCUGGCCGAUGAUUUAGGCUUCAACGACGUGGGCUUCCAUGGUUCAGCACAGAUUCCCACUCCCAAUAUCGAUGCGUUGGCUUACUCAGGCAUCAUUCUGAAUCGUUAUUAUGUCGCUCCGAUCUGUACACCCUCGAGGUCCGCACUAAUGACGGGAAAAUACCCCAUACACACAGGUAUGCAGCAUACGGUGCUCUAUGCGGCUGAGCCACGUGGACUGCCACUCAAGGAAAAGAUUCUACCACAAUAUUUAAAUGACUUGGGUUACACGUCUCACAUAUCUGGAAAAUGGCAUCUGGGACAUUGGAAACUCGAGUAUACGCCACUGUUUCGGGGCUUCAGCAGCCAUGUAGGAUUUUGGUCCGGCCAUCAUGACUACAACGAUCAUACGGCCGUCGAGAAAAACCUGUGGGGGCUGGACAUGCGCAACGGAACGGAUGUGGCCUACAAUCUGCACGGACAGUACACGACAGACGUGAUAACAAAGCACUCCGUCUCAGUAAUAGCCAACCAUGACGCAGCGAAAGGUCCACUUUUUUUGUACGUGGCGCAUGCGGCAGGUCAUUCGGGCAAUCCAUACAAUCCACUGCCGGUGCCAGACGACGAUGUGAUGAAGCUGGACCACAUUCUCCACUACAAGCGUCGUAGAUACGCCGCCAUGGUCGCUAAAAUGGAUGAGAGUGUUGGCGUGAUUGUGGACCAGCUGCGAAAGUCGAAUAUGUUGGAAAACUCGAUCAUUAUCUUCUCCUCGGACAACGGUGGCCCGGCCCAGGGAUUCAACCUGAACUUUGCCUCGAACUAUCCGUUGCGGGGCGUAAAGAACACCUUGUGGGAGGGAGGCGUUAGAGCCGCAGGUCUCGUUUGGUCACCGCUUCUCGAGAAGAGGCAACGAGUUGUCGACGAGACCAUGCACAUCAGCGACUGGCUACCGACGCUGAUUGAGGCGGCUGGAGGCAUACCGGCUCUGGCCAAUGCCAAUCUCAGUCAGAGUUUGGAUGGGAUGAGCAUUUGGCAGACGCUGGUCCAUGCCUACCCAUCACCGCGCAAGACUGUGCUCCACAACAUCGACGACAUCUGGGGCAGCGCCGCCUUGACGGUCGGCGACUGGAAGAUGAUCCAGGGCACCAAUUACAAUGGAAGAUGGGACGGCUGGUACGGACCGGGUGGGGAGCGAGAUCCCCAUCUCUACGACUGGAACCUGGUGCUCAAGAGUAGCAGUGGCAAAGCAAUGACUGGCCUGAAAAUGCUUCCAAGUCGGGCGGAUCAGCAGAGACUGCGAGAGACUGCCACAGUCACCUGCCAAGGGCAAUCAACUCAGGGCACCAGUUGUGUGGCGACCGCAUUUUCAGCCCCAUGUUUGUUCCAUGUGCGCGACGAUCCGUGCGAACAAUUCAAUCUGGCGGAACAAUAUCCCAAGGUACUCGAUUUAUUGGUGGCGGAGCUCCAGCAUAUCAACUCCACUGCUGUGCCGCCGUCCAACCAACCUGAUGAUCCCAGGGCAAGUCCUAUGUACUUCAACUACACAUGGACCAACUUUGGGGACUAUUAUGGCAAUAUCAAAGGUGCUGUCCUGGGUGAUAUAAGCUCGAAGUUUUGAAGGACACUGCGAAGAAGACUGCUUAAAAUAAAGUUAUCAAGUUUUAGUCUA